GGAAGCGUAUUAGCUACAGUUAGCCAGGCGACAGCAACAAGCGGACAGUAGUCUUUAAACAUGUCGAAGCUUCUGGAACUCAAACACUUCCUGUCUGAGCGUCUGGCCGCCGUCGCUUUGGAGAUUUUUGUGGAAGUGGAGAAAACGGUUCUUGAAAUUCGCGACGAGGUGCUUAAAAGACAAGAUGACGAGCAGACUUUGUCUACGAAGUCCUCUUCAGCUACAGGAGCCGUCAGCCCACACAAAGUAUCAGAGGUGCAGACGAUCCGGUUAACUGCAUCCUGUGAGGGCGGCCCCUCCGUACAGCAGCACUGUGAAGAGGAGGAGGCAGAGUUUAAAGUGGAAGAAGAAGAUGUUGAUGUUGAUGAAGGUGAUGGUGACUUCAGGUUGGACCCAGAUUUUUGUCUGCCUCUGAAUGACAGCGCCGAGGACAGUGACGCCACAGAAAAACUGUCGCCGUCAAAGGCUCGAAAGAGCAAAAAAGGAAAAGCUCAGCUGAGGGCGUCGCCAAAAGUCAAGAAGGUGUAUCAGUGCAAUCUGUGUUUGAAAAGCUAUGACCGGCCGUGUCACCUACGAACCCACCAGAGGACGCACACAGGCGAGAAGCCUUUCGAGUGCCCCGACUGUGACAAGCGGUACAAGAGCAAAGCCAUCCUGUCUGCUCAUAAAAAAACGCACAGUGGCAUUCGGCCAUUCUGUUGCCAUGAAUGUGGCAAAUGUUUCCUGCAGAACCAGGCGCUGGUGGAACACAUCAGGACGCACACUGGCGAAAGGCCAUUCAAGUGCCAGUUCUGUGACCUGUGCUUCUUUGCUAAAAGCCACUUGAACCGCCACCUGCUGAUCCACACAGGUGAGCGGCGGCACCAGUGUGUCGAGUGCGGGAAGUGCUACCAGCGGAAGGAACACCUGACCAGUCAUAUGCGGGUUCACACUGGAGAGAAACCCUUUAUUUGCCGGGAGUGCGGCAACUGCUACCGUGAGCAAAGCCGUCUGCGGUUGCACCUGCGCACCCACACAGGAGACAGCAAGCGGUUCACCUGCGCGCUGUGCGGGAUACGCGUGGUGUCUGCGAACCACCUGCAGCGGCACAUGCUGACGCACGCAGGCGAACAGCCGCACAGAUGUCCCGACUGCGGGAAGCGUUUCAGCAGAAAGGACAAACUGUCCGAGCACAUGAGGAUCCACACGGGGGAGAAACCAUAUCAGUGCGAGCAGUGUGAGCUGCGCUUCAGGUGGAAAGCAGCAUUCAAUGCUCACCUGCAAACUCAUAGGAUCAUCAACGAAGCAGUCUAAGAGAAAGUUUCUGUCGGCUCGUUUCAUCACUCUGU